AUGAAUGACAUGAGUGGCUUCGCAGAUAGAGUCGUGACACUGCUGAAAUUUUCAUGCCGUUCUCGUAUUCACGUUAAACAAAUUCAAGCGCAAAUCAUUCUUCACAACCUUCAAUCAAACACCACAAUCGCAUACAACUUCAUCACUGCAUCUCAAUCUCACAAUCUUCUCAACUCUGUUACACCUCUCUUCACUCUCCUCAUUCCAAAACCCCAUGUUUUCAUCUUCAACUCUCUCAUAAGAGCUUUCUCCCAUUCCCACAUUCCCAAUACCCCUCUCUCCCUAUACUCCAACAUGCACAAAAACUCCAUCUUCCCCAACAAUUUCACAUUCCCUUUCCUCUUCAAAUCUCUUUCCGACUCCCGCAGCUUCGUUCAAUCCCAAUGUGUCUACACCCAUGUUGUGAAACUCGGUCAUGGUAAUGAUGUUUAUGUUAAUAACUCUCUUCUUGACGUUUACGCUUCGGGUGGUUAUGUUGCACUUUGUCGACAACUGUUUGAUGAAAUGCCUCAGAGAGAUGUUGUGUCUUGGACUGUUUUGAUUAUGGGUUAUCGCUUUGGUGGGAUGUAUGAUGAUGCAUUGCUUGUGUUUGAACAGAUGCAGUAUGCGGGUGUGGUUCCGAAUCGGGUUACGAUGGUGAAUGCUUUGGCUGCUUGUGCUAGCUCUGGUGCUGUUGAAAUGGGGAUUUGGAUACAUGAUAUGGUGAGGAGGAAUGGGUGGGAGUUGGAUGUGAUUUUGGGGACGGCGUUGGUUGAUAUGUAUGUGAAGUGUGGGAGAGUGGAAGAUGGGUUGAGAGUUUUUAGUUAUAUGAAGGAAAAGAACGUGUUUACUUGGAAUGCUGUUAUUAAAGGGCUAGCUUUGGCUAAGAGUGGUGAGGAGGCUAUUUUGUGGUUUAAUAGGAUGGAGUUUGAUGGAGUUAGAGCAGAUGAAGUCACUUUGGUUGCGAUUCUUUCGGCGUGCAGUCAUUCAGGUUUGGUGGAUAAGGGUCAAUUGAUAUUUAGUAUGUUGGUUGAUGGAAAGUAUGGAUUUUGUCCUAAUGCCAAACAUUAUGCUUGUAUGGUUGAUCUCUUGGCUCGUGCUGGUCGAUUGCAAGAGGCUUUUAAGAUCAUGAGAUGUAUGCCUUUUGAGCCGACAAAAGCUAUGUGGGGAUCGUUGUUGAUUGGUUCAAAAUUUCAGGGGAACUUUGAAUUCAGCGAGUUUGUAGCUAGGAAACUAGUUGAGAUGGAGCCAGAUAACACUUCCUAUUAUGUUCAACUGUCGAAUCUGUAUGCAGAGGCGGGAAGAUGGAACGAUGUUGAGAGAGUAAGGGGAAUAAUGAAAGAGAGAGAACUGGCUAAGGACUUGGGUUGUAGUUCUGUGGAGGUCGAACACCAAAGGCCUGCCAGUGAAGUCUUGGCACUGUAA